CAUUAAAAGCACCAAUUCGUUUGAUUCUCUUUUCUCUGGUCUCAAACCUCUGAUAUCACCGGAAGAAACUGAAAUCGAAUAAUCCUUUUUUGUUUGUGAGAAAUGGCGACGAAGAAGAGUGUAAGUAGUUUGAAGGAAGGAGAUCUGAAGGGGAAGAGGGUGUUUAUUAGGGUUGAUCUCAAUGUACCGUUGGAUGACAGCUUCAAGAUCACCGAUGACACCCGUAUCCGCGCUGCUGUCCCUACGAUCAAAUACUUGAUGUCUAAUGGCGCUAGAGUCGUCCUUUCUUCUCAUCUGGGACGGCCAAAGGGUGUAACCCCAAAAUACAGUCUGAAGCCGCUUGUGCCUAGACUCUCUGAGCUUCUUGGAGUUGAGGUCAAGAUGGCAGGUGAUUGCAUCGGUCCAGAAGUUGAGAAACUGGUGGCCGAGAUCCCUAAUGGGGGCGUUUUACUUCUUGAAAACGUCAGGUUUUAUCCAGAGGAAGAGAAGAAUGAUCCUGAAUUCGCAAAGAAGCUUGCAUCUCUAGGUGACCUGUAUGUCAAUGAUGCAUUUGGCACUGCACAUAGGGCACAUGCAUCUACCGAGGGUGUUGCAAAGCACUUGAAGCCUUCGGUUGCUGGGUUCCUCAUGCAAAAGGAACUUGACUACCUUGUUGGAGCUGUAUCUAAUCCCAAGAAGCCAUUUGCUGCAAUUGUUGGUGGUUCAAAAGUUUCAAGUAAAAUUGGUGUUAUUGAGUCAUUAUUAGAGAAGGUUAACAUCCUUGUGCUUGGUGGAGGAAUGAUAUUCACUUUCUAUAAAGCCCAAGGGCACAAAGUUGGGUCUUCCCUUGUGGAAGAAGAUAAACUUUCCCUUGCAACAUCACUUCUUGAAAAGGCCAAGUCUAAAGGGGUUUCUUUGCUGCUUCCUACUGAUGUUGUAGUUGCUGACAAGUUUGCUGCAGAUGCCAACAGCAAGGUUGUUCCAGCAAAUAGUAUUCCUGAUGGCUGGAUGGGACUGGACAUUGGACCAGAUUCCAUCAAGUCAUUCAGUGAAACUUUGGAUACUACCAAAACCGUCAUAUGGAACGGACCUAUGGGUGUGUUUGAGUUCGAGAAGUUUGCUGCAGGAACAGAGGCUAUCGCGAAGAAAUUGGCCGAUCUUAGUGGGAAGGGAGUGACAACCAUCAUUGGAGGUGGCGAUUCAGUUGCAGCUGUGGAAAAGGUUGGGCUUGCCGACAAGAUGAGCCACAUCUCAACAGGUGGUGGUGCUAGUUUGGAGCUUUUGGAGGGUAAAUCACUUCCUGGUGUGCUUGCUUUGAAUGACGCUUGAGCCGAGCCGAGCCGACCCUCUUGUUGAUCUUGUUUUUGCCAUUGUUUUGCUUCAAACGGAGAGUGAGAAAUGUGGACGAUAAUGAAACCCGACUUGCGGUUAAGGGUAUUAGUUUAGAGUAGAAGUUAAUAAAAAGGUCCAGUGAAUCUGUGACCAUGGCUGGUUCUUGAAUUGGUAUCAACAGUCCUUGUAUAAAUGAUCUUCAUUUUGUAGCUUCAUGGUGACAUUUGUUCUACUGCUUUUGUUUUGGUAUGAAUGAAUAUAAAUGAAAGAUUGAGAUUGGAUUGGACA